GUGACGGGCGAGCAGUAAGUUGGUUCGGACCCCUUAACGAAAAUAUUUCCAGCGCGAACACUUUCAAUCCGCUGGAGAAACUCAACCGCAAAGGUUUUCCGCUGCGUGAGCUGAACGAGAGCGUCUGUUGCGUGCUAUAGUGCCGCCCGUACGCCCGUGUGCGUAGAAGUGAACCAAACAAGGGUAAAGACGGUCGGUGAAACGUACGAGACACGAUAGUGAAGCAAAAAAAAAAGAAAAAGCGUACCACGUGCAAGUGAGAUUUACGAAUGAAUGCAAUUAGGAAAUAAUAUUUCGCUCACUACCGUGAACAAUAACGACCACAAGCAACGUUGUGUUUUUGUUUAUUUGUGGUGCUUAAAAUUACGCUCAAUUGUUCACCUUGCCUAAGUGCGUUACUGUGCUGUGGUGCCGUGACCAGGAAACGCAAAUACGCAACAAAUGAAGCGAAACUCAAUUCAGCAACAGUAGCAGAAUAAGUGAAACAGUUGUGUUAAGUUAAUGUGAUUUCUUCUAUUUGAAUGUGCAACAAAAACGCAUCGACGAAACAAAACAGGAAGAAAAGAAAAACCGAAACAACCCAAAACAACAUACAACACAUCAGAAAGUGAAGGAACGACCUUAGAAGAUAUAGGCGUACAGCAAACCAGGUACAACAAAACGGUUCACCAGCCUUUUACUAUACCACAUGCUGUGCGUUAAUUGUUAUAACAUUCCUGACGUUUUCAAACGCGUGUACGUGUAUUGUGUUCGCGUGCGUGUGUGCGUGCGCGUGCGCCAUUUGCUUGUGUAAAAAGGGCUCUGGUUUUGGUUGUCCAACCCCUUUGGUGCAUUCUUUCUAAGCGCAAAGCGAAAAGAAAAACAACAACAGUCUGAAGCUGCAGCAAGUGCAUCUACAGCUCGAUCGCGAUCGCGUAUAUGUGUGUGCGUGUGUAUGUGUGUAUGUAAAGAAGCAGAUGAGAGUAGAAAGGUAGCAGCAGCAUCAGCCGCAACAGUACCAACAAGAUUGGGUAAAAGAUUUGGUUCCGUCUCCCAUCUGGUCCCAAACCGCGGUCUAAUGUGUUUGUGUAUUGUGCCGUACGAAAAAAACGAGGGAAAAGAAACAAGUGAAAUAGAAUCAAGAAACAACCGGCUGGAAGCGGUUGUGCAAGAAAACAGAGCGCAACAAAUCCAACCCCCUGCAUGCGUGUGCGAAUGUGUCUGAAGAAGUAAAGGAGUCCCAAAAAAAAGAAGCAAAAAAAAACAACAACCCACUAUCAAUCGAAACGAAACGGGGCAGAAGAAUUUAGAAAAUUUAAAAUUCGUAUACUAUAUUGCGUGAUUGUUUUUCCAUUGCUUUUGCUAACGGUUGACCAGGUGGUGACCGGUACGGGUUGUGUGGAAAAAGGGGUUGUGAAGCUAUCCAACAGUGCAACAAGUGGCCGUAUCGUGGCAGUGUGUCAUAAUAUUGUAAUCGGAUAUUCCGAUCCACAAUAAGUGAAGCAAUAUCCCAGGCCUGUUUGAGCGGUGCUAGUGGAAGAAAAGCUGUGUGAUUUGUGCGUCAUUUUGUGACGUUAGGUGUUAGGUGUAAUUUUUCCCUUAAACUUAAAGGCAACACUGUACGGUGGGAAGAACAGCAAAACAGUUUCACGCUGUUGUUGUUUGGCCACAACUGUUGUAGGACACAACCGCAACAGGACGCAUCCUUCAAUCUGAUCGUCAUCCAAUAUACCGGAGUUGAAAUAGUUUUCCCCCUUCACGAGUGUUAUCUUUAUCCAGCAUCAAUGGAAAUAUUUCGUAAAGGUUACUGCAGAUGGUAACGAUGCAGCAUGCGAGCUUUUUGUACCGUCAGCGCACCCUUAGAGGUUUGCGCACCACCUUCCCGACCUCUGCCUCCGGGUACCAGAUUUCUAGCUUUAAAAUUAUUGGGAACACCGCAGCCACGCACACUCUACUUCCUAGUCGAAGCAAAAAGUCGCGUACGCGAAGUAUACGCACAAACAUGCCAUCACUUCUCGAAGCAAGGCAUGCUGGACACGGAGCUGUUUGGGCUGGCCGUACUAAUAGAUGGCGAGUACCUGUUCGCCGAUCCCGAGAGCAAACUGUCCAAGUACGGACCAAAAAGCUGGCGUUCCUCGCACACUCAUGGCCUGGACGCCAACGGGAAACCUCUCCUGGAGCUACACUUUCGCGUGCAGUUCUACAUCGAGAGUCCACUCAUGCUGCGAGAUGAAGUCUCCCGGCACAACUACUAUCUGCAGCUGAAGUACAACGCGGUCAACCGGGACCUGCCGAAGGAAUGCUCCGAGCAGAGUCUGCUGCUGCUCGGUGGGCUCUCCUUGCAGGCGGAUCUCGGUGACACCGUGCCAGAGGAUGCAGCAACUUCAAUACCCGCCGCACCAUCAGUGAAAUCGGUCUCCACGUCCAUUGUACCGGGACAGCCUUCCACCGCUAGUACCGGUCCCAAUGUGGGUGUUGUUAAUGUACGUGCGAUUAACACCGGUAGCAUUGCUGGCAGUAGUAACAGCACAAGCAGCAGCAGUAAUAGCAGUACCACCAGCAACAGCAGUGCCACGAGCAACAAUUCCUGUACCACGUCAGCCUCUUCUCCAAACCCAUCGGGUGGUUCUUCAUCAGCAUCGUCAACGUCGACCGCACCGUCAUCUACCGUCGUUGCGACCGGAUCUCUGUUGCUUGCUUCCGUCGUUGGUCAAACCUCCACAGUGAACGAAGGUGAAAGUGCCACUAGUAGCGGUAACAGUGGUAGUGCCUCUUCUUCGACGGAAUACUUCCGCCCGGAUGAAUACCUCAAUCCAGCACUACGAUCAGCCUGGGGCAUCUCGGCCGUCACCACGUGUCACCGAGAGAAUCGUGGCCUUUCACGGGCCGAUGCCGAAACGCACUACAUCCGUGAGGCUUGCAAUCUGAACGAAGCCAUCAAUGCGCACAUCUUCCGCAUGAAGCAGUCCAAGAACGAAACCGGCCUCGGUACGGUGUCGCUCAGCAUCUACGCCAAGGGUAUCCGAAUUGCGACGGAUGGCAGCUCCACAGCGACCACCUUCCACUGGCCGCACAUCGGCAAGCUUAGCUUCGAUCGGAAAAAGUUCGAGAUCCGGUCGGGCGACAGUAAGAUUACGCUCUACUCUACCAACGAUGAUAAGAACAAGAUGAUACUGGCACUUUGCCGCGAAACGCAUCAAUUCUCGAUGAAGAUCGCGCCGCGUCUAACGGAGGCGAUAAAGCGCGAGGAGGAGGAAAGCAGCUGCAUCCACGGCUAUCCGUAUUUGUACUCGCGUGCCUUGAACCUGCCGUACAAGAGCAAAAGCGAUCAGCGCAUCUCGGUGAUCUCGAGUACCAGCUCCAACACGACCUCGGGCAUCGUGAGUGACCGCGUCCAUUCGGAGGAUGAAUUGGAGAUCAUGAUCAACACGCCGCCGACGGCUACGCUCGCGGCACCAUCUACGGAAAGUCUCGCUCUAGCACAUCUGCUCGACUGUCCGAGUGUGUCCCGCCAAACAUCUUCCGUUGGGCAGGUAUCCUUGAAGGAUCUGGAGGGUACGUUUGCGGCCCUUUCGGCCGGACGAACGGCUAACCUGAAUGCUUCCAAUUCUGUCAUCACGAGCAAUAGCAACAGCGCGAGCAGCGACAAUGGUAGCCUAGAAGGAAAACCGGACCGUCCCGGUAAGGAGUGUGAUUCGUCACCUUCCUCGCAGCACAACAUCGGUUCGCAGUGCUCAUCAACCUGCAGCACGGUAGUGGUCGCAACGGAUUGUCUCAGCCUACCGCAAAGUUCGACUGCUACCAGCACCACAACGCUUAGCAAUGGUGGCGGAGGAACGAUCGUACAAUCGUCGGUUAGUCCCGAUCGCCGGCAAACGUCCACCUGCAGCAGCUUGGUGUUGGGCUUUAGUCACACGGCACAGAACAGUACGCUGAGUGUGGCUACCAGCACCUGUCUGGAUCAUGACAUCAACGAGGAGGAGGAAGAAACGCACUCGGGUGUGUACACGAUCGCACACGUUCCACCGACCGAAACGAGCGGUGUAUAUACGAUGAACAGCAGCGAACUUACCGGACAGUCGUCGGAGAUUGCAGAGUCCGAAUCGCACGAAAGCUCACACUACGGUAGCUUCCAUCCGUGCCGGAGCGAGAUGGCGGAUCCGCUAGAACCGGUCGAUUCGGUCGAUGGUGAUUACCACCGGCCGCGGCUUGACAGCGGACUGAACAGCGAGUUCCGGAUGCGCUCGGACUCGAACGUUAGUGCGGCGGGAUCGUUCCGCGGUGAUGGUAGCGACCCAACGGACAACAAGCAUUCACUGCUGAGUGCCGAGGAGUUGACCGAUUUGAUCGUGGGCCGUGGAACGUAUCCUUCGCGCAAAACCGUCAGCCACACGCUUGAUUCGGACUGCGACUACGUGACGUUGCCACUACCGCUCGAGGGUGAAAGUUACCUGCAAGGCAGCGAGGACACAGCUCCGACUGAGGAUGAGUACGACGACGAAGUGUUACCGCCGGCACCGCCCAAACGGAUCGACAGUAAUAUGGCGGCUUCGGUCGUUCCGUCGCGCCCAUCUCAGCUCCUGCAGCAGGUGGAACCGGCCUCUGGUGCACCACCACCACCUCCACCAUACAAUGCACAUCACGAAACGACAGGACUCCGUGGGCCAGACAUUCGGGCACACAACGCACCGGAUCCGGAAGCUCCAGCGAUCCCAUUGCGUGACCCACCGCCUUAUCCACAGAAACCGAUUGCGAUGCGCAAAAGUCCGGUAAUGCCACCGAACCUGCCCGUCACACCCGUACUAACGGCCGCCCCAGUUUCGGAGGAAGUGCCGGCAAGAUUUAUCACUACACGGCCCCAAAUUAACAUUCUCAAGGCGCAUGCCAGCGUUGUUGGGGAAACCCCCAAACCCAGCUAUGCCGCACCGACCGUGAACAAUAUUGGCAAUCUCUCACAGGCAACACCACCGCCACCGCCACCACCGGUACCGUCGAGUGCGGUCGGUAUUCCCGCGUACAACUUGCAUCCUAAUCACAAAGCCAUAACCUCGCCACCACCGCCGUAUCCGGAGAUGCCGAAACCGCCACAACAUCGUACGACCGCCUGUGUACUGCUGCCCGUCAUCAAACCCCGCCAGUACCAUCCACCACCUCCACCAACAAUCCCAAGACAACCGCCACCGCCUCCCCCACCCCACUCACUUGCCACGGUGUACACGAGCCAGCUGGCACGGUCGCAGAUUGAGCUGUACCAGCAGCAGCUGUACAGUGAUGUCGACUAUGUGAUCUACCCGAUACAGGAUCCGGCGAUCAGCCAGCAGGAGUACUUGGACGCGAAGCAGGGUUCCAUCCUGGCAGCCAUGGCACAGAGUCCACCGCCACCACCCUACCUCGCUUAUCACACCGUACGGGCACACAAUCGUAGCUGGGAUGCGUGCAAAAACCAUGCCAUUUAUCGCAGCACACCCUACCUGUCGAUGGCACUCUCGUCCAACUCCAGGUACGCCUCGACACAGAACCUUUCCGACACGUACGUCCAGCUGCCGGGUGCAUACUCCCCACUGUACAGCCCAUCGGUGGCAAGUCUCUGCUCCUCGUACGAACCGCCUCCACCACCACCGCUACGUCCACGGCCGAUGGUAUCGUCUAAGGCGACCGCUUCCUCCAUGCAUUCGAAUGCCGGUGGUGGACAUAUGUCGAUGGCUUCCUCCGGUCCAUCGCCUGCCCUAUUUGCCCGAUCCCGCUCGGACGAUAAUAUCCUCAACUCGGUUGAAAGCACACCGAAGAUUCGGCGCCAUCCACCACCACCGCCUCCACCGCCAUAUGAAAGCAAGAAAGCCAUCCGUAAGCCACCGCUGCCGCUUCCGACACCGCCAUCACCGAUGGAGAAGCUCAUCCCGAAACCACCACUUGCCAUCCCAUCACCUUCGCAGCAACCACCCGUUGCGUUCAAUCCCGAACGACCCCCGGAAGUACCAGCCAAACCAACGCCACCAAAACCGAGCGGUCCAAGCGCUAAGUUGCAGGCCCAAAUCAAGAAGCAAUAUCCGAACUUUGAUCUGAGUACGGUAGCUGCGGUGACGGACCAAUCUCCGAACGAUCAUACCUCGAUCGACAUUAAAACGCUGCGAGAAAAGAGCAAAAAUCUCGAUCUACCCCUUAUAUCGGCGCUCAUGCACGACAGCUCAUUGCUACGACAGACGCGUGCGUUCGUUCUACCGAAGCACCCGAAAACGAAUGGUUCGCUUGGUUUGCAGAAAGGUGCCGGUGGUACCGGUACGGUGACGGGUACUCCUACAAUUAACGGCGAACCACCGAACAGUAAUGGUGGAUCACCACCCGGUACUAACCCCUCGUCUAAAUCCAAGUAUCCUGUGUCCGGAUUGUCGACAACACAGCUGGCCAAACCCCGCAAAACAUCUGCCAGCCAUCGACAUCCGAAUGACAAGCUACCACCGCUGCCGGGUCAAACGGGUCCAGGACAGACAGGUCCAACGGCUGAGGGUAAUAACUACGUCAUGGAUCCCACACCGACACCGAUCAAACAGAAAAGCUUCAGCUCCUCCCAACCCAGUGCCUAAUGAGGAAUGCGACUUUGGACAUUUGAACUAUUCGCGGGUGACUUUCGUUUUCCCACCGACAACCAUGUCUUUUCAAUUCUUAUCACUUCCCUUUACUUCUGCGGCAAACCUUCAUCCCAUCAUUCAGUUUGCAGUAUUUUGUAGUAUUUAUAUUCAUUUGCAAUCGCUAUUUACCGACUAGUGACAGGGUCUGUCUGUCCGGUAUUUACAACGGCACUCUCUUCCACUGUACUGUAACGUGGAUGAAAAAGAGCUAGGCCGCUAGAGUUUGGUUGAUGUUGGAUGGGAAAGCAAAAAAAAAACGAAAGGAAAACUGGAAAACUAACUCGUAAUAAUAGGUGUGGGCGUGAAUGGUAUGUUCGGAAAAUUACUCAGGAUUAUUAAUCUCGUUUUCUUCGAUUAGUUCUUUUGUUUUUGUUUAUUCGCGCGUGAGCGUGUAAUGCGGCAAGCGAAUGGAACGCGCGCCCGUGUCGUACUUUGUUUUUAUAAAACUUUUAGCGGUAGUAUUUUAACUAUGUGUACUGUAAAUCGGAUAGAAGGAACCUUAUUAAAAAAGCAAACAAAUACGCACACACACACACACAACCAGAGAGAAACGAGAAUGAGAAGACACUCAUGCUUCUAUGGAAUAAGGUGUGCGGUAUGGUUUAUAAAUGUAGUUAGACAGGUGCCAAGGUUCGGAUCGAACGGAAUACGUUGCCAGGAAAUGGGUAGAAUAUCCAAAUAAUGUUACAUACGAACAGCGGACAGCAGGUACAUUUUGUGAAAGCGCAAACAGCAAACAGGCAGUCGCUUAAGUACUAAACAUUUAACGGAGAACAAGACUAAUUUAGAGCCUAGAGAAAAGCGGACUGAUCUUGCUAUCUAUCGGAUAUAAAAAGAAAAGAAAAGGAAGGAAAGAAAAGGAAGGAUAAGAGAAAAAACGAAUCGCAAAAACCGUGAUCAAAUUUACGCAGAAAGGAAAACGAAAAGAAAAAAAUUAAAAUCAUAUUUGCUUAUAUGUUUUUGCAAGUUUAUCGAUUUAAAAACAAGGGUUCUAAAUUAUCCGGGUCUCAUUAUUAUGUUUUUCUUAUAUAAAUGUUGUCCAAAAUAAUUCAUAACUUUUUGGCACUAGUUUAUGCAAAACCGUAAUCAAAAUUAGUACAUCGUUCGGUUUAGUUCUUUUCUGCUCAUAAAACGAAACUAAAAUUUAUUACAGAGCGCCAGAUGCUCGAAAGUUAUACAAUUAGAUAUUUAGGACAUCCUUUAUGUUUGUUGCUCAAAUAUGGUAUCGUAUGUUUGCCAUUCACAUUAAGGAAAGCAAAAUCAGUUUUACAGCAGUUAGAUUUUGGAAAAAAGCGGAAAAAGUAAAGAAAAACAAGCGUAUAAAUAGGUUCAAUUUUUUGUCUUUUUUUUUGGUUUUUGGUUUGUGGGAAAAUAAUCACAGUUGAUAAACUAUAAACCCGAACGAUGGGGAACGUGCGCCAGAGCAAAUGAAGCAGAAGCGUUGUUCGGUUCGAUCGUAUAAGAGAACUGUUAAGUGACUAGCGGUACUACUGAUAGGUUUUAAUAGCUAUUUAAUCGUUUUUUUUUUUUGCAACACCUAGGUUUGGGAACGUUCCCAGGGCCCCGGGGUGGUGCGUUUAGGUUUAGGCAAGCAAACGGGCAACUCUCUCUUACCGGUUCGGUUAGCUUCUUCAUCCAUUCCUAAAAGGCAGGUUUUGUUUAUAGGGCGUUAGCUAGUUACUUUAUGUGUUAGGGAUGUUCGGAUAUUGAGAUUGUGAAAUGUAUAUGUAGAUGAUGCACCAUCUAAAACACACACAAAAAUGCACAAUUUUGCAGCGAAAAAAACGAUCGCGAAACAAGAUCGAUUGUGUGUGUGGGUUCGUUUUGCGGUGUAAGAGGGUAGGCUUUUGUUUUAAUGUCAAACUAUUUGUUUGUUUUUUUAUUAACAAACAUCCAUUUAUAAUAUUAAUUAUUAAUAAUAUUUUUAUGUUUAGAUAGGCAACCAGCAAAUGAAAAUAAAAUCUAGAGAUCUAAUGAAACAAUACAA